UGUGUCAUGUUUACCUUCAGAAUAUUUGCAUCCCCUCAACUUCGUAUGGCUUUCUCAUGUACACUCACAGCCUGGGUGGAGUGGAUUUAUGACCAACCUAAUGACAAACUCAGCAGAAUGUCAAACAACAUACAUUAUGGCAGUACCAUUUAUUAAUUUGGAUCUCAGCAAUAUGUCAACCAUCUACACAGCAUUGCUUUUUGCAGCUGACCAAAGUAAGAAACAAAAUCAAACCUGUAUUGUUACAUUUGAUCAGCCUCUUUUCUUAAAAGCUAUGGAUAUAGUAGGUGCCUCUGAUAAAGACAGUAAAAUAUCGAAAACUGUUGUCCGUUUGGGAGGAUUUCAUUUACUGAUGUCUUAUAUGGGAGCUAUUGGGAAGAUUAUGGAAGGAAGUGGUCUAGAAGAUCUCUGGGGCACAGUGUAUGGAAAAGCUACAGUAAGUCAUAUGAUGAAUGGGCAUGCUUAUGACAGAUGUCUUCGAGCAUUUACACUAACAGUAGCAGCUCUAAUGAACAUUGCUAGAGAGCAGUUUCCUGAUAUCCAACACUGUUUUGAUGAAGUUGAUGAAGUAUGUAGAAAAAUUAUUUCAGGAGAAAUGUCAACAAAACAUGCAUUAGAGAACCCCUUGCUAUUAGAAAAACUCAAUCAAUUGGAUGAAUGUAUGAAAACCAUUGAAAAGACAAGCAGGACAGCUAAGUUGUGGCUGCAGCUUUUUCACACUAUAGAUUUAGCUCUUAAUUUUGUGUAUGCUGAGAGGACAGGAGAUUGGAUUAUGCAUUUAAAAUGCACAACAGAUAUGCUUCCAUAUUUCCAUGCAUCAGGCCACUUGCCUUAUGCAAAGUCUGCACAUAUUUAUGCCCAAGAAAUGACCAAAAUAACUGAAAAACUCUCUGAAAAAGAAUUAGAUCUUUUCAUCAACAAGGGAUAUUUUACUGUGAAAAGAACAACAAGAUACUGGUCAGGAACAUGGACAGACAUGUGCAUAGAGCAAUGUCUGAUGAGGCCAAUGAAAUCUGUAGGAGGACUCACUCAUGGAAGGGGAAUGAAUGAAAGUACUGUGAAUAAAUGGAUUCUUGGGACACCAUACUUCAUAAAGAUUAAUGAAGCAUUAGAGGAGUUCUUAGACAUUUCUAUUACCUACAGUGAACAACAUGUUGAGCUGAGAAAGUCAAGAAAACUCAGAGACCAAGCUGAUAUUGAUAAGUUCACCACAUGGUUCAGACAACACAAUCCAUUAAAUAAGGAAUCUGGAGAGCUAGUUUCAUUAUCAUCUGGUUUCAUCAGUGAUGAGUCAGUCAACUGUGACCAAGCCUAUGACAUAGGUUGUGCUGCUAUGAAGACAAUGAUAGCUCUCAAAAAUUGAAAUUGUAUCUUGAAUAUGAACUGUCUUCACAUCCACCAUCUCUCUUCGACAAUGUUU